AUGGCACAACAAAUCAGGAGACAACAACCAACUGAUAGGGAAUAUUAUGCAAUAUCAUACGAUAUUUCAACACCCCAUGAACUUGGUGGUACUGCACACCAUCUUCCUGUAGACCAUGUACAAAAGUCAAUGUACCAAAAAGAAUGUUCUCUCGCUUAUGCUAUGGAUGUUGCCUACACUCUUCCUGUAACACCGGGGUUAACAUGGUUAAUGUGCCCUUGUAUUGAUGCAUCGCAUCUUAGUAGAAUGAUCACCGCUGAUAAUAUGGCUCCAUUUGAAUAUGUAGAUGAUGCUCCUGUUGAAAAUCAACAUAUUAAUCAAGAGAUUGAGCAAGAUUUAAAUAACGCAAUCCAACAAAUGAAUAUUAAUAACGAUCAAGUAAAUAACUAA